AUGCUCUCUAGAUUAUUAGUUAGAAAUUAUUCAAGUUCAACUUUUCAAGAAACUAAAAGAAUCGUUGAAUCAUCAACUCUUUCAAAUGGUUUAAAAGUUGUUUCAUUAGUAGGUGGAUAUACUGGUCCAGCUGUUUCAUUAGGUCUUUACAUUAAAAGUGGUUCAAGAAAUGAAACUCAAGCAACUGCAGGUUUAAAUCAAGUUCUUAAAGGUUUAGCUUUCGAAUCAAACACCAACAAAUUAGGUAUUGAAGUUCAAAGAGAAAUUGAAACCAGUGGUAGCACUGCUUUCGUUCAAGCUGGUCGUGAUAAUUUAUUAAUUUCAACCCAAACUCUUCCAAAUCAAUCACUCCAAAUGUUAAAGAACCUCGCCAACAUCACCCAACCAACUCUUCCAUACCACGAAGUUCGUGAUGUCGCUGAAGUCAUUGCUGAAGAAUCUGAAGCUUACAACCACUGCCCAACCACCUCAAUCCUUGAAUCAGCCCAUCAAACUGCUUUCCGUGGUAAAACUCUUGGUCGUCCAUUAGUUGCACCAUUAUGCAAUCUUUCAAACAUCUCACAAGAAGUUGUUAGUGAUUACGUCAAUGCCACCUACAAACCAAACAAUAUGGUUUUAGUUGGUGUUGGUCUUUCACACGGUGAAUUAGUUGAAGAAGCUGAAAAAGUUACUUUUGGUACCACUGUUAACUCAACCACCACCGUCCCAAGAGAAGCUGCCAAAUACAUUGGUGGUGAAUCACUCACCUAUGCCACCGGUAACACCAAAGUUGUUUUAGCUUUUGAAGGUUCCGCCCAAACCAACAUUAAAAACGUUGCUGCUCUUACUGUCUUACAAACCAUCUUAGGUAAUGGUUCACCAAAAGUUGCCCCAGGUAAUGGUAGAGCCUCAAGAUUAUUCUCAUUAACCCAAAACAAUACUGGUAUUGUUAGAUCAGAAGCUUUCAAUUUAUCAUACGCUGAUACUGGUCUCUUUGGUGUCCUCGUCGAAGUUGAAGGUAGCAACGUUGCCAAAACUUUAUCAUUAUUAACCUCUGAAAUCUCUGCCUCAACCAAAGCCACCGGCAAAGAAUUAGAACGUGCUAAAGCUCUUGCUAAAGUUGACGUCUUAGAACAAGCUGAUAGCAGAAGUGGUGCCCUCGAAUUUAUUGGUAAACAAGCUAUCUACUCUGAUAAGAUUUACACUCCAGUCGAAUUUGCUGAAGAAAUUAACAAUGUUACCGCUGAAGAUAUCCAAAGAGUUGCCAAAACUUUAGUUUCAUCAAAACCAACUUUAGUUGUUGUUGGUGAUGUUUCAGAUGUUCCAACCUUUGAAUCAUUAAAGUUGUAA